AUGGUUCCCUGGAGGGGAGAAGCUGCUGUGAGACCACGCUACGUCCGUGCGGGCUCAGCACGAUACAAGCAGAAGCAGAUGCAGAAGCAGAACCGGUGGGGACUUCAAGUGUUUCCCGACCACACUCGCAGCCCGGGAGCCAGCCACGAAGAUGUCGAGCUGCCGCUGCAGGUACCUGUUCUAUGCCAGCACAAAUCAAUAAUAGCAGAUCAGCCCGGCAACAUCCACGCCACUGAGCGUCUCUGUCUGAUUGAUCACCUCGCAGGGUUCCCUCGGACCCGCGCGAUCGCCGAUCUCUAG